GUCCCGGCACAUCCGGGUUCCGGCCCCAAGCGACGCGCUUCUAACCCGGAGCGGUUAGUUGUGUUUGAUACGCUGAGCAGGAGAGAGUGACAGGGCAUGUCACUGUCCCACUUGUACCGGGACGGGGAAGGCCAAGGCCUCAUGGAUGACGAGGACGAGCGGGAGAACUUUGAGAUCACCGACUGGGAUCUCCAGAAUGAAUUCAACCCCAACCGGCAGCGCCACUGGCAGACCAAGGAAGAGGCCACCUACGGAGUGUGGGCAGAGCGAGACUCGGAUGAAGAGAGGCCCAGCUUUGGAGGCAAACGGGCCCGCGACUACUCGGCGCCAGUCAACUUCAUCAGCGCGGGGCUCAAGAAAGGGGCGGCAGAAGAGCCGGAGCUGGAAGGCUCCGACGAUGAGGAGAAACCUGUUAAGCAGGAUGAAUUUCCUAAGGAUUUCGGACCAAAGAAGUUAAAAACGGGUGGCAAUUUUAAACCCAGCCAGAAAGGUUUUGCAGGAGGAACCAAGUCUUUCAUGGAUUUUGGCAGCUGGGAAAGACACACAAAAGGAAUUGGACAGAAGCUUCUUCAGAAGAUGGGCUAUGUCCCUGGAAGAGGCCUCGGGAAGAACGCACAAGGUAUCAUCAACCCAAUCGAAGCCAAGCAGAGAAAGGGGAAGGGCGCCGUGGGGGCAUAUGGCUCAGAGCGCACCACUCAGCCCCUGCAAGACUUCCCCAUGGCUGACUCCGAAGAAGAAGCCGAGGAGGAAUUUCAGAAGGAGCUGAGCCAGUGGAGGAAAGACCCCAGUGGAAGCAAGAAGAAGCCCAGAUACUCUUACAAGACAGUGGAAGAGUUGAAAGCCAAGGGCAGGAUUAGCAAGAAGCUCGCUGCUCCCCAGAAGGAGCUCUCUCAGGUCAAGGUCAUAGACAUGACGGGCCGGGAGCAGAAGGUCUACUACAGCUACAGCCAGAUCAGCCACAAGCACAGCGUCCCCGACGACGGGCUCCCGCUGCAGUCACAGCAGCCGCCCCAGCCUGGCAAGGAGGCCAAGGCCCCCGGCUUCGCACUGCCGGAGCUGGAGCACAACCUGCAGCUGCUCAUCGACCUCACAGAGCAGGAGAUCAUCCAGAACGACCGGCAGCUGCAGUACGAGCGAGACAUGGUGGUCAACCUGUCCCACGAGCUGGAAAAGGUGUCGGAGGUCCUGGAGCACGAGGAACGGGCCAUCUCCAACCUGAGCAAGGUCCUGGGGCUCGUGGAGGAGUGCGAGCGGCGCCUGCAGCCCGGCUGCGGUGACCCCCUCACCCUGGACGAGUGCGCCCGCAUCUUCGAGACCCUGCAGGACAAGUACUACGAGGAGUACAGGAUGUCCGACCGCGUGGACCUGGCCGUGGCCAUCGUCUACCCGCUCAUGAAGGACUACUUCAAGGAGUGGGACCCCCUCAAGGACUGUACGUAUGGCACCGAGAUCAUCUCCAAGUGGAAAAGCCUCCUGGAGAACGACCAGCUGUUGUCCCACGGUGGGCAGGACCUCUCGGCAGACGCCUUCCACAGGCUGAUAUGGGAAGUCUGGAUGCCAUUUGUUCGAAAUAUCGUCACUCACUGGCAGCCGAGGAACUGUGACCCGAUGGUGGACUUUCUGGAUAGCUGGGUGCACAUCAUUCCCGUGUGGAUCCUGGAUAGCAUCCUGGACCAGCUUGUCUUCCCCAAGCUGCAGAAGGAGGUGGAAAACUGGAACCCGCUCACAGACACCGUCCCCAUCCACUCGUGGAUCCACCCGUGGCUGCCUCUCAUGCAGGCGCGCCUGGAGCCGCUCUACUCUCCCAUCCGCAGCAAGCUGGCCAGCGCCCUGCAGAAGUGGCACCCCAGCGACUCCUCGGCCAAGCUCAUCCUCCAGCCCUGGAAGGACGUCUUCACCCCCGGCUCCUGGGAGGCGUUCAUGGUCAAGAACAUAGUGCCCAAGCUGGGGAUGUGCCUCGGGGAGUUGGUUAUCAACCCGCACCAGCAGCACAUGGAUGCUUUUUACUGGGUCAUCGACUGGGAAGGGAUGAUCUCCGUCUCCAGCCUGGUGGGGCUUCUUGAAAAGCACUUCUUCCCCAAGUGGCUUCAGGUGCUGUGCUCCUGGCUCAGUAACAGCCCAAAUUAUGAGGAGAUCACCAAGUGGUACCUGGGUUGGAAGUCCAUGUUCUCAGACCAAGUGCUGGCGCACCCAUCCGUCAAGGACAAAUUUAACGAGGCACUUGAUAUCAUGAACAGGGCGGUGUCCUCCAAUGUCGGUGCCUACAUGCAGCCCGGAGCACGGGAGAACAUCGCCUACCUCACCCACACGGAGCGGAGGAAGGAUUUCCAGUAUGAGGCCAUGCAGGAACGACGAGAGGCUGAGAACAUGGCCCAGAGAGGCAUCGGCGUGGCUGCCAGCUCUGUGCCCAUGAACUUUAAAGACCUCAUUGAGACCAAGGCCGAGGAGCACAACAUCGUCUUCAUGCCCGUCAUCGGGAAGCGACACGAAGGGAAGCAGCUGUACACCUUCGGCCGCAUCGUCAUCUACAUCGAUAGGGGCGUGGUGUUCGUGCAGGGGGAGAAGACCUGGGUGCCCACCUCCCUGCAGAGCCUGAUUGACAUGGCCAAGUAGACCGCAGCACCUGCCACAGACAGACUGGUGAAUAAACAAACAGUAUUUUAAAUAGUAUUUUAAAUCACAGUUGACGUACUUCCUGCCCUGUCCGAAAGGGGACUCACUGCAGUCCCUCCGUGGCGACACAUCACAGCGGGUUCAAGUCAGUGGCUGAAGGGUCUUCUGUCUUGUUCCUGAUGAUCUCGAGACCCUCACAGUCCUGGUAAUCCGGUUCUUCCCGGAAGGCCCAAGUGUCCGUGGAGAGUUGUGUUAGCUUUUGUACAGGAAACCAGUGGACGGAGGUGUCAUUAAAUACGUCCAUGUACUGUGAAGUCUGAGGGAAUGCCAGCUCCUCCCGUCCUUUCAAAAUCUGAGCAGGAAAAUUCGAAAGUAAAACAAAACCUUGAGAGUCCCAGUAAGGCCCACCCUCCUGGGUUAGAGUCCCGUUUUACUAUU